AAACGCAAGGCGAAUGCAAACGCCGGAUUGGCCAGUUGGGCCCGGCCAAUCAGGAGCAAGGCGGUUGAGUUUCAAACCCGAGGACCGUGAUCGCCGUGACACUGGAGAUUUGUGUUUGUUGUUUAUGGCGCAUUUCUGCGCGUUUUAAGCAAAGGAGUCUCAACAGCGCGUGCCCGCGUGCCCCACGGGUCUUGCACUUGCCCCCGUGCGCCAACACUCGAGCCUGCACGAGACGCACCAGCCUCUCAGCUCCCGCCACACAAGCCCGAGUUGGCCGCUCUUGCUUCGGCGUCCUCGAACGCGCCAGGAACCCGCAAGUCGCUCACGAUCUCUGAUCGGAACUCCGAGAUCUCACCGCUGUCUCCUCGACUCGUCGCGAACCUCAAGCAACAGAAUGGAUCGUCGAGACGCCCCGACAGCUCGUACCGUCGCCGCCGCUAGCCCCGUCAGCCGGAGCCUCGCCCUGCCGCCCUUCUGGCCGUCGGAUCCCGAGCUCUGGUUCGCCGUGGCCGAAGCCCAGUUCGCCGCCAAGGCCAUCACGGGCGAGAAGACCAUGUUCUACCACGUCGUCUCGUGCAUCUCUUCGGACGUGGCCGCCGAAGUCCGCGACUUGGUCGUGGACCCGCCUGCGGAGCGCGCAUUCGAAACGCUCAAGCAACGCCUCAUUCAGAGGGCGCCUUCCUUGGAACAACGCCGGCUCCAAGACGUCCUCUCCACCGAGGAACUCUCCGAGUGCACCCCUUCGGACCUCCUACGACGCCUCCGACAGCUCCUGGGUUCCCGAACGCGGUCCGUGAACGAUCCUCUGCUGCGCGAGGCCUUCCUCCGUCGCUUGUCACCCACCGUCAGGGGAGUCCUCGGCUCUGCCGAGGACAUGAGCCUCGACGUCCUCGCGCAGCUCGCGGACAAGAUCGCCGAGGUGGCAGCCACGAGUUCCACCUUGGGAACUGUCGGUCCGGACGUCUCGACCGAAGUGCAGCGUCUCCGCAGCCAGGUUUCGAAGCUGUCCAAGCUGGUCGACAUGCUCGAGACGCUGGCCAUUUCGUCGGUGGGUCCGCGACGCCGCGCUCGUUCCAAGUCGCCGAGCAGCACGAGCCCCGCGACCGCUUCGUCGCGCGGAAACUCGCAGCCGCAGCAGCUGAAGGAGUGCUGGUACCAUCGCCGGUAUGGUGAUCAGGCUGCCAACUGCAUGCCGCCCUGCGUGCGCAAGGGCAAGGGACCGACCUCGCGUUGAAGUCGACGCUCAGCACGACUUCUUACGCUAGCAAGCGUCUAGCAGACGCGAAAAGGCUCGGCGUGUCUCCCGUUAGUUAUCGUUUCUCUCCGGCGCUUUAUGGGCCAGUCGCCUUUCGUGUCAAUUUCCCGGUUCCUUUUUUUUUUAGAGAAGUAUUUUUUAUUGUAUCUUCGUUAAAGUUUCUUCAUUCUAUUUCCUUUUUCAACAUAUGCCGCAGCUUCCACUUUCCCCCGUUUUCGUGUUUAUUGUUGCUUUUUUUUUUCUUAACCGAUCUUUUCUUAAAUGUUCUGUAUUAUGUAUCAAGGUAAAUGUUUAAAACAUCGUCAAACAUCGCGGCAACUCACCGUCAUUAUCUCGUUUGCAUGCUUCAAUUUCAUUACGUCGUUUCAACUGAACUUCAUAUCUCCGAAGUCCUCAUUUUUGCCCAUUGUUAUUCUCGAAAGGUUCUUCGUGGCUUCUGGCAAUAAAGAAUACUGUCGUUCACCUUG